GGAUGGAAGGGGAAGUGGCAAGCCAGAGAGGAGCGUUGUGCAGAUGCCUGCACAAGCAAAGCCUGCAGACUGUGGCUGGAGGCAGGAUGGACCGCAAGCCAGGGCACCCAGAGAUGCUGAUACCUCUCCAGAUAGCCGCAGAGGUCUCCAAGCAGCCCUGUUCCACUUUGCCCCAUGGGCCACACAGCGGAGUCAUCAUGGGCCUGGGGAUUCUGGCUAUACUGGGGCUCGGCUCGGUGGCUCUCACCUUGUUCCUGUGGCAAGUGCCCACUUCUUUCACCGGUCAUCAGAUGUGCCCUGAGGAAGUGCCCUCCUGGUCCUGGGAGGGCCUGAGAGGAGACGCUGGGCAGCUGAGAAACUCCUGUCAGCUGAUCCUCGUGGAAAGUAUCCCCCAGGACUUGCCAUUCGCAGCCGGCAGCGCCACGGUCCAGCCCCUGGCCCAGGCUUGGCUGCAGCUUCUUGACACUGCUCAGGAGAGUGUCCACAUUGCCUCGUACUACUGGUCCCUCACUGGACUUGACAUCGGCGUCAAUGACUCGUCUUCCCAGCAGGGAGAGGCCCUUCUACAGAAGUUCCAACAGCUCCUGGUCAGGAACGUGUCUGUGGUGGUGGCCACCCACAGCCCAACAUUGGCCAGGACAUCCACGGACCUCCAGGUCUUGGCUGCCCAUGGUGCCCAGAUACGACACGUUCCCAUGAGGCGGUUUACUGGGGGUGUCCUACACUCCAAAUUCUGGGUCGUGGAUGGGCAGCAUGUGUACGUGGGCAGUGCCAACAUGGACUGGCGGUCCCUGUCUCAGGUGAAGGAGCUGGGCGCUAUCAUCUACAACUGCAGCCACCUGGCUCAAGACCUUGAGAAAACAUUCCAGACCUACUGGGUGCUGGGGGUGCCCCAAGCUGUUCUCCCUAAGCCCUGGCCUCAGAACUUCUCGUCCCACAUCAACCACUUCCACCCCUUUCGAGGUCUCUUCGACGGAGUUCCCACCACAGCCUACUUCUCGGCCUCGCCACCCUCACUCUGCCCCCACGGUCGUACCCGGGAUCUCGAUGCAGUGCUGAAAGUGAUGGAGGGUGCUCGCGAGUUCAUCUACGUCUCGGUCAUGGAGUACUUUCCCACCACGCGCUUCACUCACCCUGCCAGGUACUGGCCCCUGCUGGACAAUGCGCUACGGGCAGCAGCCUUCAAUAAGGGUGUGCAAGUGCGCUUACUGGUCAGCUGCUGGUUCAACACAGACCCUACCAUGUUUGCUUUUCUGAAGUCCCUACAGGCUUUCAGUAAUCCCUCAGCUGGCAUCUCGGUGGAUGUGAAAGUCUUUGUUGUGCCUGUGGGCAAUCACUCCAACAUCCCAUUCAGCCGUGUGAACCACAGCAAAUUUAUGGUCACAGACAAGGCAGCCUACAUAGGCACCUCUAACUGGUCGGAGGACUACUUCAGCAGCACCUGUGGUGUGGGCCUGGUUGUCAGUCAGAAGACCCCUCGUGCCCAGUCAGGUGUGGCCCCCGUGCAGGAGCAGCUAAGGCGACUCUUCGAACGCGACUGGAGCUCGCACUACGCUAUGGACCUGGACCAACAGGUCCCAGGCCAGGAGUGUGUCUGGCAGGGCUGAGGCUUGAGCAGUCUGGCUGACUGCUCUAGGUAGACACUGACGCCCGGCAGGCAUUUGUCCACCCAAGCUCAGAAACUGAGAAAAGAACAGCCACCUCUUGGGGCCUGAAACAGUCAUCUGGCAAACAGCUUCCGGUAGAGCUCCAAAUGGCUUUUAACAUGAAGAAGAGUCUAAACAGAGGAAGGGCCACAGUGACACAGAAAGAAAGCAACUGCAUUAAGUGACCCCAGAACCCAGCUGUGCCUCUCUGCCCACCCAUGACAAGUCACUAGGGCCAUCCCAGGUAUAAUGCUGGUGCUGUCCAGCCCCCAAUAAAACCCUGCCACCAGCUUGCAGACCUGACCCAGGUGAAAAGUAGGCAUUUCUGUU